UAUGUUAUUGAUGUUUCAUGUGCAUUCUCUACUUGUUUCUUUUUUAUUAUGACAAAGCUGUUAUCUUCAUACUGGAUCCAUACUUUUGGCGGUAUAUGUGGUUUCAUUAUAGUGCUAUAGUUUUAUUAUAUCAUACUGAUUUUAAUAAGUUUCCCAUUUGUCAUAAGCUAGUUAUAAUCUGUACAAUAUAAUAAUCUAUCAGUAUUGAUUCUGCACUUGUCCUUUUUAGGCGUGUCUUUUUUCUUUUGUUUCAUGUAAUACAUUUUUAACUAAAUGCUUCCUUUCUCCUAUGUCUCCUUUCUCCUUUCCAAAUCAUUCUCAGGUUAUAGAAGAAUUGAAAAGGACUAACUGCAGCUACAUACUAAAUAAAUAUGACACCUACUCAACAAAGGAGUAUCUAAUUAAAGAAGGAAAUCUGAGCCGCGGAGCUGUAGAUAUGAUUGGAGACUUACUGAAUGAAGAUUCUAGCUAUUACCUGUCUUUUAUUGAGAGCCUGACAAGUGAUGAUCUCUUCUCUUACGAAAAAAGAUUUGAUGAAAUUGUUGGUGGAUUUGAUCAAUUGCCUAUAUCCAUGUAUCAAGCCAUUGCGGAAAUGGUGCAUUUAAAUGCUCAAGUAAUCAAGAUACAACAUAAUGCUGAGAAAGUCAGAGUGGCAUAUCAAACUCCAGCAAAGACCUUGUCAUAUGUGACAGCCGAUUAUGUCAUUGUAUGCUCCUCAUCAAGGGCCGCCCGUCGCAUCUAUUUUGAACCUCCCCUUCCACCAAAGAAAGCACACGCUUUGCGGUCUAUCCACUACAAAAGUGGCACCAAGAUCUUCCUCACUUGCACUAAGAAGUUUUGGGAGGCUGAUGGCAUUCAUGGUGGGAAGUCCACAACAGAUCUUCCAUCUCGAUUCAUCUACUACCCUAACCAUAACUUUACUAGUGGCGUUGGAGUUAUUGUGGCCUAUGCCAUUUCUGAUGAUGCCGAUUUCUUUCAAGCUCUUGAUAUCAAGACCAGUGCUGAUAUUGUUAUUAAUGACCUUUCACUCAUCCAUCAGCUGCCCAAGAAAGAGAUCCAGGCCCUCUGCUACCCCUCAAUGAUUAAAAAAUGGAGCCUGGAUAAAUAUGCUAUGGGUUCUAUAACCUCUUUCGCUCCUUACCAGUUUCAAAAUUUUAUUGAAACAGUCGCUGCACCUGUAGGCAGAAUCUACUUUGCAGGGGAGUACACUGCCAGAGUUCAUGGUUGGUUGGACAGCACAAUUAAGUCAGGGCUGACAGCAGCAAGAGAUGUGAAUCGUGCUUCUCAGAAGCCAUCAAGAAUCCAGCUGAUCAGUGACAAUCAACUUUAAGAAGGAGGUCAACACAAGGAGAAUCCUAAACAGCCACCUUCCCCAUUCUGGCAACUUCCAGGUGUUUCAGACUAAAAUUUCCAAAAUACCAACUGGGAAUUCUAGAAGCUGUAGUCCCAGGAGUUUGGAGCUAGAAGGAAUUGGGGGAAGUAAGCUGAUUUGGCCUAACUAAAUUAUCAAAUUAUAUCAGCCAAAACAUGUCAAACUAAGAGCAUUUUAGGGGAAACAAAAAUAAACCACAGAAUGAAAAGGAUUACUAGCAUGUCACCCCAAUUUGGAAAGGAAAUCCUCUCAGGAAAAUCUAUAUAUACCACAAAAACUCUCAUUUCUGUAACCUUUAAGUGGGCGAAACAGUGCAUUAUAGGGCAAGAAUUUUUGAACCAAAAAUACCUCUAGUGGGCUAACUUACAAAAUGCAUCCAAAAUCCAGAACCCAUGAUUCUCCUGGAAGUAAAAUUUGGCAAAUUUUAUGAAACAUUUUAUGAAAUGAUACAGUUUCCUGCUUGAGUGGGAGGUUAUAUUAGAAGACCUCUAAAGUCCCUUCCAACUCUGUUAUCCUGCAAUAAAAAGUAUCAUAAAAACAGCUUCUGUUAUAAUACAAGAUGCCAUAAAACAUUUACUGUGCUGAUGUUUUACUGUGCUAUACAGUUCACCAUGCACUAUUUUCAAGGCAGAUACAAAAGUUGAGAAAGUGUCCCAACUUUUCAGUGAAGGUAGUACAUUAGCUCUGCCAUUGUUCAAGUGAUUGAAGAAUCUAGUAAAGAACUAUUUCUAAAGGGAUGACCAACAAGUCAUGGAUUGUCUAGUGCUGCAAUAAAAACAGGAUCCUCCUGUUGCCCUUUCCAAAAAGGAAAGGAAAAGAAACAGGCAAUUGUUGUUAAGGUGGCUUUGUGAGUUUAUGCUACUACUUCAUUUUAAAAUAUCUCAUAUGUAUGACCAUAUUUCUUUGAUACGUAAAGCAUCUACUGGUCCUAAGCUUUGAUUCUAUAUUUCCUGCAAUUGUCAAAAAUUGCCAGUGCUACAGUGUCACUGAUGGGGAAGAAAGCACAUUAUGGCAUCAAGCAGGCCUGUAGACAACCGUAAUUUGUAACUUCUCCAGUUUGCAGCCUUCCUGUGACUAGAGUUUUAGAAAACCAGGAAUACAGAAAAUGGUAAUAAAAACAUACAUUAUAAUUU